GGCGUGCGUAGCAAUUAAAAUGGCCUCACAUCUCAUGCCUUUCUAGCUUCCUCUUCAAUUUUAGUAUUUUACCAUUAUGAAUUUUGUUCCUUGUGUAGCGUGGGUGAAACGUGGAGUUUCUAAAGAAGUACCAGAUAAGGUAGCAUUGUCAGAAGAAGAACUUAAAAAAAUCAUUGAGGAAACAAAAGACGACAUCAGGGACAUCGAUGAAGUUGUUGAAGAUGAUGCAGAUGGAAAACCAAGUACUGUGGAAAUAGGAAAAGAUGAAGCCACUGAUGACAUGCAAGCUAUUGAAGAUGAAAUGGCAAAAUACCAUCUGGAAACCUAUGACGAAGAAGAUUUCCAAGAUAAUCCACUGUCAGGAAUUGGAAGCCUCACAUACUAUGCUAGUAACAAUGAAGACCCAUACAUCACCUUGCGAGAUGACAAGGAUGAGGAUGACGAAAAUCUAGUAAUCAAGCCAACAGACAACUUGAUACUCGCAGGGCAUGUAGAAAGAGAUUGUAGCAACUUGGAUGUUUAUGUCUAUAAUGAGGAAGAAAAACAGCUAUUUAUUCAUCAUGACAUCUUGCUUCCUGCCUUUCCAUUAUGUGUGGAGUGGAUAGAUUUUGAUCCAUCAGACAACUCUUCGGGAAACUUUGCAGCAGUUGGUUCACUGUCGCCUCAUAUUGAUGUGUGGGACCUUGAUGUCAUCGACUGUAUAGAACCAGCAUAUCAGCUAGGCAAAGUAACAAAGAAGACGAAGAAGGCAAGGAAGAGCAAGAACACAGCCUUAGAUGCUCAUGAGGAUGCAGUGCUAGACCUUUCAUGGAACAAGCAGGCUCGGCACAUCUUGGCAAGUGGAAGUGCUGACUUCACUGUUGGUCUGUGGGAUUUAAAUUCAGGGAAGAUGGCGAUGCACAUAACAGAGCCCCAGGAGAAGGUGCAGUCGCUAGUGUGGCAUCCGUUUGAGAGUCAGUCAUUACUGACUGGAUGCUGUGAUCAUAAAGCGAUGCUAUUUGAUUGUCGAGAUCCAUCAAACAACCACAAAGCCUGGCAGUUUGACGGAGAGGUGGAGAGAGUAAUAUGGAACCACUUUGAGCCAUUCUAUUUCUUGGCUUCAACAGAGACUGGCUUUGUCUACUAUGUAGAUGUGAGGCAGACUGGCACAGUAUUCACUCUACGAGCACAUACAAAAGCCGUAACAGGCUUAAGCUUGAGUAACCACAUAGCAGGAUGCCUGACCACAGUUUCAGCAGAUAGGACCUGCAAAAUUUGGGACCUCAAAGACAACAAGCCUGAGUGUGUGUUGGAGAGGGACCUGCACUUAGGUCACUUGCAGUGUUGUACCCCAUGCCCAGAUGCUCCUUAUAUAGUGGCUAUUGGUGGAGAACAGUCAUCGGUAAAGGUCUGGGACAUAAAAGAUAAUGCCACAGUACGUAACCACUUCAGUGACAGACAGAUACAGAUCCCUAAACACUUGGAGAUUGAGUGCCCCCAACCAGAGACCAGCUCAGAUGUUGCAGAGACAACCAAUACAACAGAUGCUAUGGAAACGUUAAGUAUUGAACCAACAACUUCAUCAUCAACAUCGUAUGUGGGCUCAAAAAUGGAAAAAAAGAAAAAGAAGAAUAAGUCAAAGAAGUCUCCUUUAGUGAAAAAGCACUGAUCAUUAAACUAGAUGAUGUUAAUAAACUACUAUUUGGUCAGGCACUCCUUUAUAAUAUUUUCAACAACAAAGACCAAAUAUCAAAUAAUUUGCCAUGUGAAAGUCACUAAGUUUCAAUAUUACAUGCCAUACUAUUAAUAAUGUAUAAAGUUGGUGAUUAGUAAAUAUUGAAUUGGUUGUUUUUAGAAAAUGAA